AGAGCAGCCUCUCUUCACGGCAAGUGAACAAAGGCAUCUUUUCACAGAUGGAAGCGACUCAAUAGGACCGGCAGGAGAUGGAAGAGCAGGACCCAGAAGGACCUGGAACUGGCAAGACGGCAAGCAAAGGCCCCUUUCUCCUCCACGCUGGGAAUGGUGUUGAAUUCUGGGAAAGGGCUGUGUCAGAGGCCCUGGCUAAGGAUACCAUGACCUCAGAUGUGCAUCGCCAGUGCUUCCGGCAGUUCCGCUACCAUGAGGCCGAUGGGCCCCGAGAGGUUUGCAACCAGCUCCAUGGACUUUGCAGCCAGUGGCUGAAGCCGGAGAGGCACACCAAGAAGCAGAUCCAGGACCUGGUGAUCCUGGAGCAGUUCCUGACUCUCCUGCCCCAGGAAAUGCAGGGCUGGGUCAGAGGAUGUGGGCCGGAGACCAGUUCCCAGGCGGUGGCCCUGGCCGAAGGUUUCCUCCUGAGUCAGGCAGAGGAGAAGAGGCAGGCAGGACAGAUGUGGGCCCCAUCCAGGAAGAAAGAAGCUGCAUUCCCUGAGGCAGAAGGAGCUUCCUUGGAGCAAGGGCAGAGGGCGCAGGCUGUGGAGCGUGUCCAAGAUGCUCUUUCCCUUUCCUGUGGCAGUGAAGAGACGCUGUUGAAUCGCUGUCUUUUCAGAAGUGUGGAAACGGCUGCUGCGUCUACAGUCCAGGGUCCCUUUUCCUUGGAGGAGGUGUCCGUCUCUUUCACGGAGGCAGAGUGGGCCCUGCUGGAUCCGGGACAAAGAGCUCUGUACAGGGAAGUCAUGCUGGAGAACUAUGGGAACGUGGCCUCUCUGGCAAAGGAUGAUCAGAUGAAUGAGGAGGGUGAGGAACUACAGCUGCGUUUGCCAGAUGAAGUUAUUAAUAAAGACUCGAAAGGAAAUGUAAGGAAUCGAGGCAGACCCAAGAGAAAGAAGGACAGCCAUUUUGUUGAGAAGAGAAAUGGAAGAAAGCGUAAUGAACAUUUUCCCAAGCACAAUACAAUGAAGAUGAGUCAGUCCAUUAAGUAUGGAAAGGACAUCAGAUAUAGAUCACAGGUUCUAGUGAACCAAAGAAUAGAAAAACGACAUAAACCUUUGGAAAGCUCGGAGUGUGGAAAGAAAUUCAAUCAGAAUGGCAAGCUUCAGCAGUGUCAAAGAACUCACAAAGAGGAUAAACUGUUUGAAUGCACAGUAGGUGGAAAAAAAUUUGGGUUCAAUAGCAAUCUUCAGCAGCAUCAAAGAACCCACACAGGAGAGAAACCUUUUGCAUGUUCAGCGUGUGCAAACACGUUCAGUGACAAGAACAGUCUUAAACAGCAUCAGAGAACUCACACAGGAGAGAAACCUUUUGAAUGCAAAGAGUGUGGAAAGAGAUUCAGUCAGAGUGGCCAUCUUCAAAACCACCAAAGAACUCACACAGAGGAGAAACCUUUUAAAUGCUCAGAAUGUGGAAAGAGAUUCACUCAGAGUAGCACUCUUCAGAAGCAUCAGAGAACCCACACAGGAGAGAAACCUUUUGAAUGCUCAGAAUGUGGAAAGAGAUUCAGUCGCAGCAGCAAUCUUCAAAAGCAUCAGAGAACCCACACAGGGGAGAAACCUUUUGCAUGCUCAGCAUGUGGAAAGACAUUCAGUGACAAGAGCAGUCUUAAAAAGCAUCAGAGAACCCACACAGGGGAGAAACCUUUUGAAUGCUCAGAGUGUGGAAAGAGAUUCAGUCACAGUGGCACUCUUCAAAAACAUCAGAGAACCCACACAGGAGAGAAACCUUUUGCAUGCUCAGCGUGUGGGAAGAGAUUCACUAACAGUGGCACUCUUCAACAGCAUCAGAGAACCCACACAGGAGAGAAACCUUUUGAAUGCUCAGAAUGUGGAAAGAGAUUCAAUCAGAGUAGCAGUCUUCAACAGCAUCAGAGAACCCACACAGGAGAGAAACCUUUUGAAUGCUCAGAGUGUGGAAAGAGAUUCACUAACUGUGGCACUCUUCAAAAGCAUCAGAGAACCCACACAGGGGAGAAACCUUUUGAAUGCUCAGAAUGUGGAAAGAGAUUCACUCAGAGUAGCAGUCUUCAACAGCAUCAGAGAACCCACACAGGAGAGAAACCUUUCGAAUGCUCAGAAUGUGGAAAGAGAUUCAGACACAGCGGCAAUCUUCAAAAGCAUCAGAGAACCCACACAGGGGAGAAACCUUUUGAAUGCACAGAGUGUGGAAAGAGAUUCGGUUACAGUAGCACUCUUCAAAAGCAUCAGAGAACCCACACAGGGGGAAAGCCUUUUGCAUGCACAGAGUGGGAAAGAAAUUCAGUCAGAGUGACAAUCUUCAACAGCAUCAGAGAACCCACACAGGAGAGAAACCUUUUGAAUGCUCAGAGUGUGGAAAAAGAUUCAGUCGCCUUGGUACUCUUCAAAGGCAUCAGAGAACCCACGCAGGGGAGAAACCUUUUGAGUCCUUAAAGUGUGCAAAGGGAUGAAGUUGGAGUAGCACUUUUUGAAAACACCUGAGAACUGACACGAGAAGAAACCAUGUAGCCCCUUAGACUGGAAAAAGAGCACUUCACUUAUUUCACAAGAAAAAACAACCACAGACUAUGAAAACCGUCAAAGUAGUAUAAACUCUUGUAUAAAGCUUUAAUCUACGUGGACAUCUUACCCUAACCUAGAAGAAAUCUUACAAAUGCUCAGCCUACAGAAGGAACCUUAGGCGUGUCUGAAGCCCUCAGAUAGAUCCCAGGAAGAAUAAAUCAGUGCUCUGUCAGCUGAAGUAGAUCUAAGAUCAGCUCACAUCUCCUUUAGCUGGGAGGAUUCCACACAAGGGAGUGUUAGACAUCUGAAAGGCCUGAAUUGUUUUGACUUCAUUGUGAGGCCUCACUCUAGGCCUUUUCUACCCGAAGAGAAAGAAAAACCUGUCUCUGUGCUGAGACAAGAACACAGAGGAAAGCAGUGUUGUGUCAUGGUGACCCUCCACGUUGGCAGAAUUAACAGCUGGAUGCAGCUGGGACAGAUGUUGCCUGGUUCAGUUUUCAUCCCUGGAGUAAGGGACUUUCUCUAGGAUCCAAGACCUCUUGGCGAGACCUUGAAAUAUGAACUUUGUGGUUAGUAAUUAAUGAUCACAGCAUUGUCUGUGGUAAUCACUGCCAGAUAUGUAAAAAACAAGCAUUGUUGCCAGAAUCUUUUGGUGAGAUUAAUUGAGAAGAGAAGUCUGAAUUUGGGGAAUAUAAAAAUGUACUUAAAAGAUUUUUAUAUACUCCUGGCAGGUGGUGCUCAUAUAAGAGGAUUGUGGAAGAGAAAUCAGAACUACCUGAAGAACCUUAUUGGAUAAUAGGUUAUUGACUAUUUCUGGCUUAUUUUAGAAAUGAACUUUGAAAGGGAGUUUUUGUUAACUUGAAAAUCUACCCAAGUGGACAUCAGCUCUAUAGAAGCUUAUGUGCAGGACUACAGAAGCACA